AUGAGUAAGAAGUUCAUUUCUUCCUACAAAGGCAAACAGGAUUCGUGGGCCAGUACCCCCCAGGACUGUUGGUACGACUCGCUGUUGGUGUCCUGGGACCGCUUGAAGAUGCUGCCCAGGCUCCUUGUUGUCUCUGCUCUCGGUCUCCUGGUGUACGGUAAUCCUACCAUUGUUUCCCGGAAGGAGUGGGGGGCGAGCUCCCUCACCUGCAGCAUGCAGCUGAGCCUGCCUGUGGCCUACCUCAUCACAGAGCAGCUCAGCAGGAUGGAGUGCCGAGAUUUGGCCACCUGCAGCCAGAUGGUGCGAGUCCUACAAUCCCAUUCCGUCUACAACAAAGGCUGGUGUGAUGUGGCCUUCAACUUCCUGGUUGGGGACGAUGGCAAUGUGUACGAAGGUGUCGGUUGGCAUGUCCAAGGCUUGCAUGCUCCAGGCUACAGUAAUGUCUCCCUGGGCAUUGCCUUCUUCGGCAGUAAAAUAGGCAACAGCCCCACUCCCGCUGCUUUAUCAGCUGCAAAGGACCUGAUCGACCACGCUGUCCAGAAUGGCUACCUGUCACCCCGGUACAUCCAGCCACUUCUCUUAAAAGAAGAGACCUGCUUGAUUCCUCAACAUUCAGAGACGCCCAAGAAAGCGUGCCCCAGUAUCACCCCACGGUCUGCGUGGGAAGCCAGAGAGACACACUGCUCUCAGAUGAACCUCCCAGCCAAAUUCGUCAUCAUCAUCCACACCGCUGGGAGAAGCUGCAAUGAGUCCGUGGACUGCUUGACUCGUGUCAGAGACAUACAGUCUUUUCACAUAGACCAUCAAGACUUCUGCGACAUUGCUUAUCACUUUCUGGUGGGCCAGGAUGGUGGAGUAUAUGAAGGAGUUGGCUGGAAUAUCGAAGGCUCUCACACCUAUGGAUACAAUGACAUUGCUUUAGGAAUUGCCUUCAUGGGAAACUUUGCAGAACAGCCUCCAAAUGCAGCUGCCCUGAAAGCAGCCCAGGACUUGAUUCAGUGUGCCGUGGUCGAGGGAUACCUGAUUCCCAACUACCUGCUAAUGGGCCACAGUGAUGUGUCCAACAUCCUGUCCCCUGGACAGGCACUGUAUGACAUCAUCAAGACAUGGCCUCACUUCAAGCACUGAGGGAGGCCCCAGUCCCAUCUGAGGAUGCUCUUGGUCCUGAUGGAUAUCUGUCCUUACCUCCCACCUUGGCUAGGCACCUCUGUCCCUCCUCUUUUCACUGUCUCUCUUAGUUCCCCUUCUUGCAUCACAAUUGCAGCAUCUUGUCUUAUUGACAUCCUCUAAUGUCUCCCAAGCUUUGCACUUACCAUCCUCAGGGUCUGGGUGCUGUUUCCUCUGUUCAACUUCCUCGCCAAAGGACGCCCACCUGCUCAGCCAGUGAGGCUCUUCCCCUUGUUAUCUGUCCCCUGCCUUGUAUGCAAUCAUCCAUGGUCUGUCUGGCAGCUCCAAUGCUCACCCAUAGCCCAGCCCUCCUCGGCACAUACCUGACUUGUACACGUUUGAAUACAUAUUGAAGGGCUGAGGUUCCCCACAGACAUAUCUAUUUUCCCCUGGGUUGUCGUAUUUUCCAGGACAGCAGCUGAUAUUUUUUUGUCAUUACAUAUCCCACGAUGGUUCCUGAGCUGAGCCUGGUACAUUGCAUGCUACAGAUGUUUGAUGUAAAAACAAACAAACAAACAAACAAACAAAAACCAAAAACACCCCCCCAAAAAAAACAAAAACAGACAAAACAAAACAAAAAACUGGAUGAAAGAGCUGAUCCCAGUCCCUUCCUGCCUGCUCACUUCGUUCAUCACUGCCCUGCUGGACAGGUCCAGCAGUCUACUGGUCCCUCCAGGAGGCACAAGCUGCCUGUGGAGUCCUGUUUCCAGUCUUCUACGCCUUGUCCACAAAGUACUCCGAAGAGCAGCCAUGAAGAGCUGCGUUCAGAGGUGCUGCUGUUCAGUGUCUGUGGUCUGCCUGGACCUGGCUGGGCCCUGCUGAGCUGAGAGAGGGCCCAGAGCAUUUGUAUUCUGCAGCACCCCAGCCAGCUCCUCCCUCCCAGAGGACAGCCCCUCUCCCUCACUUGCUGUUCCAAGGAUGUACACAGGCUGGUUCUUGCUGUAUUGGACACAAAGAGAAGGAUGCACGAGCAUGUUUUCCCAUCUGUGAAGGCUCCUUUGGUGCCCAGGUUGGGCUUUUGGAGUGUUUACACAUCUCUUGUAACACGGUGAGCUUUUUCCAACCUCACAUUUACUCAGGCAUUUGCUUUUCAUGAACUCUUGCUCUUGGAUGUCUUUAGAUUGACUCUGUUCAAUCUAAUUGUCAUUUUUCCGAAGGCCUCCUGGGCAUGUCACCAGGAGAAGGAAUGAUUUGUUCAGUGGUUCAGGCUGUUUCUAAUUUACACGCAGCAGAGGUAGAAUGCCAACCUCACAGGCCUUUCUGUCAGAAACUUUUGACAGUGUGAUCUUUUCUGAGUGGAUAGAGGCUGGGGACAGACUUCCCAGCAAGGGUGAAUUUUAACACCUCCCAUACAGGAAGUAGUCAUGAGAUGCUAAGAAAUAGCUCACCUAACCCACCUGCCACAGUUUGAAUGAACCUUGAGACAUUCACAUAUUAGAAGUUCAAUCCCUGACAGGCCAUAAUGCUGAGAGAUGGGCUCUUUUAGAGGUAACCAAUGCAUUCAUGUUGCUGCUGUGAAAAUGAGUUUGUUAUAAAAAUGAGUGUGCCCCUCCUACCCCCUGGUGCUUUCCAACUCUGCCGGGGCUGCUAUGGCAAGAAGGCCUUGGCUGGAUGCCGACCUCACAGUGUUCACACUACACAGAAUAAAGUUGUUCUUUUUGUAAAUUA